GGACUAUUCAACGACCACAACUGAUAAAUCAAUUGAACUCAAUUUGGCAAGACGCUGAAGAAUCAGUAAAGCAGGAUCCGAUCUGUCUAUAAAAUACAGGACAGAGAUUGCGGUUGUAUUCCUUCUUCCAUUGCAUCAUUGUUAAAUAGAUUUCUUACAACUCACUAUCCUAGCCCGACAAGGAAGCGCAGAAAAUCCUCAUUCCCGUUCGCGACGCCAUGAGCAAAGACUCGAUUCUUUUAAUUCGCAACAUGGUUCGUUCGUACAAUGCGGCCAGGCUAUCCUCAUUGGAGGCCUAUGGAGACUUGAACAUGGUGGUCCUGUUUUCGGCCAAAGAGCGUUCUGAGAGGCAGUUUCGAGAUCUGUUGAGCCCUGUUGGACUGAAGGUGGGAUUCAGGCAGUCCGUAUUGUUGGGGGUUGUCAAAUGCGACUGAUUGUAUGGAAAGCAUCGU